UGAGCUUUGCCGAUAUAUGCUUUGCCUUUGUCGGUCCCCUGUGUAGUGUGCCCGGUGGACCGGCUUCGUGACGUCAAUGGACGAGACCCGCCUACCUUUGCGCCUACUCGCUAGCUCGCCAGCACGCAACAGGUUGUGCGGCUCCUGUGUGCAGUGCGUACCGUGUGUUGCAGUGCGACUGAGGUCUUCUCCCGUACAUCACCGCGGACAGUCUCCGUUGGUGCGUUUCGAAGCUCGCGCCGUUCAAGAUAAGCGGGCGGAGACAUGCUGUCUGCGGCCAUCAAGCAAGUUGCAACCAGGCAUGCUGCAGUGCGCGCCUCGAGCGGCUGGGCAGCCACGCAGGCCCUCCUGCAGGAGCAGCUGGCGGGCAUCCGCGAAGCCGGCACAUACAAGACCGAGCGGGUGCUCACCUCCUGCCAGGCAGCGUCUGUGCGCGUUGCAGGGUGGGACAGGCCUGUGCUCAACUUGUGCGCCAACAACUACCUCGGACUCUCGAGUCACCCAGAUGUGAUCGAGGCUGGCAAGAAGGCCCUGGAGACUCAUGGUGCUGGGCUGAGCUCAGUGCGCUUCAUCUGUGGAACACAGGACAUCCACAAGGACCUGGAACAGAAGAUUGCGCGCUUCCACGGCCGGGAGGAUGCCAUCCUGUACGCCAGCUGCUUUGAUGCCAAUGCGGGCAUCUUCGAGGUUCUUUUGAGCCCAGAGGAUGCAGUGCUGUCGGAUGAGCUGAACCAUGCCUCCAUCAUUGAUGGAAUCCGUCUGUGCAAGGCACAAAAGUACCGAUACAAACACCGAGACAUGAACGACCUGGAGGAGAAACUGCGGGACGCUGUUGGGAAGAGUCGCCAGCGGCUCAUAGUCACCGAUGGAGUCUUCAGCAUGGAUGGCAAUGUGGCGCCUCUGAGGGACAUCUGUGACCUCGCCGACCGUUACAAUGCCAUGGUGUUUGUGGAUGAGUGCCACGCUACGGGUUUCUUUGGCAACACUGGCAGGGGCACCGAGGAGCACUUUGGUAUCUCUGGCCGUGUGGACAUUAUCAACUCCACCCUGGGCAAGGCACUGGGAGGCGCUGCAGGGGGCUAUACCACGUGUCGUCGGGAACUGGUGGACCUUCUACGGCAGCGGUCACGGCCCUACCUCUUCUCCAACUCUCUGCCCCCACCCGUGGUGGCGUGCGCCUCAAAGGUGUUGGACAUCCUGCUGGCCAGUCCUGAGCUGGCACAGAAGGUGGCCGGACUGACACAGCGAUUCCGUUCACGCAUGACCGCUGCUGGCUUCCAGAUCUCUGGUGAUGACCACCCCAUCUGCCCUGUGAUGCUUGGAGACGCACGUUUAGCUGCCGAUUUUGCUGAUGGCAUGCUGGAGCAAGGCGUCUAUGUGAUUGGCUUCAGUUAUCCAGUGGUACCCAAAGGCAAGGCUCGCAUUCGAGUGCAGAUCUCAGCAGCACAUUCCAUGGAGGACAUAGACCGUACUGUGGAUGCUUUCAUCACAGUGGGCAAGAAGUUUGGAGUGGUUUCGUAGUGUGAAGACCUUUGCCUCAGUGCAGACCCUGUCACAAGAAAUAUUGACUCACAUGAAUGUUCUUCAACAGUUUACAAGCAAUAUCGUUUGCCUAAGGCUACGUGUGUGGUUCAGGAUUUGACAUUACUGAAAACGACCUGCGUUCAAGUGCCUCCAACUGAAAGAUUGUGCCUGUGAUCAUGCUUUGCAGAGAUAGAAAGAAUUGCAUUGUUUAUUUCGUGAAAAGGGCCCUGCAACAUUACUUUAAUGGCCAAGUGUUGCACCACAAUGCGUCCCUUGAAUUGUCCAAGGGUAAAUGCAAAAGAAAUUACACAAAUUGACACUGGUAAAUGUGGGUGAUUGUACUUACAAGUUCAAAAUAAAAGCAGACAAAAGAA